AGAUGAUGAGGUUCCUUGUCCUACUUGUGUUGUCGGCAAUACUUGUCUUUUCUCCGACCACCACCUCAAGAACCAAUUCUUCCAUAGCCAAACCCACCUGCGACGAUCAUUGUGGGAACGUAAGCAUCCCAUUCCCCUAUGGUUUGACAGAAGAUUGUUCUUUAAACUCAGAAUUCUUCAUCAAUUGCACCACUUCCCCUGAUGGCUCUCCUAAGCCACUUCUAGGGCACGGUACUUUAGAGGUAAGAAAGAUAUCAGUUGAAGGGCAGUUGGUGAUCAUGAGCUUCAUAACUCGACAGUGUUACCAGAAGGGUAUAUCUAAUUCCCGGCAGCAAGGAUGGUACAGGUCGGAAUCGUUCAAAUUGUACGUUAACCAGACCGCCAACAAAUUCGUCGCCGUCGGCUGCGACACUUUCGCCAACGUUUAUGCCUACGGCGAUGACCGGUCGUACAAAACAGGGAGUAACUGUAUGGCCACCUGUAACUCCACAGAGGAUGUUGCAAACGGGACUUGUUCCGGGUUUGGUUGUUGCGAGACGGAGAUUCCUAACGUGGCCAGGAACGUUUACUAUUCAGUGGAUAGCUUGAGUUACUAUAACGACACUGGCGAUGAUGUUAAUAAGUGCAGCUACGCAUUCGUGGUGCAAAAAGAGGAGUUCAGGUUUUCCUCCACCAUGCUUACCAGAACUUGGGAUGUUAAGACAGUGCCCAUGGUUCUUGAUUGGGCCAUCUCGAACCAGACGUGUCUUACGGCGUGCCAAGGUAAUACCACAUGUGUUGCCGUCAAUGGUGAGGGGUAUCGUUGCGGUUGUAAGGAGGGUUAUGAAGGCAAUCCUUAUCUAUCUGGUUGCCAAGAUAUUGAUGAAUGUGCAAAUGGACAGCACAACUGCUCCCAAAACGCUGAUUGCUUAAAUACCAGAGGUGGCUAUGAGUGUUCAUGCAAGAAAGGCUACCAUGGCGAUGGGAAGGGUGCUUUAGGGUGCAAUUCUUCAAAUCAUCGACUCAUCAUGCUUGUUUUGGGUAUUGCUUUAGGCACUAUAACACUGUUGAUCAGUUAUUUUUGUGUGUACUUGGUAUAUCGACGGAAGAAAUCAGUAGAGAUGAAAGAUAAAUUCUUUAGGGAAAAUGGAGGAUUGAUUCUGCAACAAAGGAUUGCCCAAGGUAGUGCAUCUUCUGGCACAACAAGAAUUUUUACUACAGAUGAGCUUAGAAAAGCAACCAACAACUAUGACCAAACCAGAAUCAUUGGUCAAGGAGGCUUUGGCAUUGUCUACAAAGGGCACCUUCUUGAUGGCCAAACAAUAGCUGUUAAAAAAUCCAAAGUGAUGGACCAAACCCAGGUCGAGCAAUUCAUCAAUGAGGUAAUUGUGCUCUCCCAAAUCAAUCACAGAAACAUAGUCAAACUCUUUGGUUGUUGUUUAGAGACAGAAACUCCGUUGUUGGUUUACGAGUUCAUAAGCAAUGGAACAUUGUCUGAACAUCUAUACAGCAAAGACAAGGCAUCCACAAUACCAUGGCCGAUCCGUUUAAGAAUUGCUACUGAAACAGCCGAGGUCCUCUCUUAUUUACACUCUGCAGCUUCUCCUCCCAUCAUCCACAGAGAUAUUAAACCCGCGAAUAUUCUCCUGGAUAAUGACUACACUACCAAGGUAUCCGAUUUUGGUGCUUCAAGAUUAGUCCUACAGGAUGAGACUGAACUGAUGACUAUGGUGCAAGGAACAUUCGGUUAUCUGGAUCCAGAAUACAUGCAAACACACCAGUUAACAGAAAAGAGCGAUGUUUAUAGCUUCGGGGUUGUCCUACUGGAAUUGUUAACAGGUAGAAGGGCAGUAUUUUACAAUGGCCCAGUGGAAGAGAGGAGUUUAUCCGAGCAUUUUCUUUUAACAUUGAAAACAAAUCAAUUGUUCAAGAUUCUUGAUGCCAACAUUGUAUGCGAGGGAAACACUGAUGAGUUACAAGAGAUUGCCUUGCUUGCAAAAAGGUGUUUAAAUGUGAAGGGGGAAGAUAGGCCAACAAUGAAGGAAGUUGCAGUGGAACUAGGUGGAUUUAGGAGAGCAACAAAACAUCCUUGGACUAAUAAUUCAAUGGAAUCACAUGCUUUACUUACUGACCCAUCAAUCCCCUUUAGAUAUGAUGCGACUUUUAGUAUAACAACAACAGAGUAUGAUAGCUUAAAACAUCAUAUGGAGUUACCAGUAACUGCCGGAAGAUAAUUGCAACCACUUAUCUCAUUAGAAGUUAUGUUCUACAAAUGAUAUAAAUAAUGCUUUGUUUCU